GCUUCGCCCUGCUCCUCCUCAAUAAAUAUUACUUUCACCCUCCCACGGGAAAACAGAAAAGAACUCAUUUCCUUCCCUAAAGUUUAGGGCUCAGAAAAGCUCUAGACCUCGCAAUUUGAUUUUUAACCUGGGGGAAUCAAACUAGGAAAGUCUCCUCUUUCAAAAUCCUACACCGCAUCCUUCCCGGGACGCCAUGUCUACCAGCACUUGUAGUUUCAAGGACCGGUGCGUGUCCAUCCUGUGUUGCAAAUUCUGUAAACAAGUGCUCAGCUCUAGGGGAAUGAAGGCUGUUUUGCUGGCUGAUACUGAAAUAGACCUUUUCUCUACAGACAUCCCUCCUACCAAUGCUGUGGACUUCAUUGGAAGAUGCUAUUUCACUGAAAUCUGCAAAUGUAAACUGAAGGACAUCGCAUGUUUAAAAUGUGGGAACAUUGUAGGUUAUCAUGUGAUCGUUCCAUGUUGUUCCUGCCUUCUUUCCUGCAACAAUGGACACUUCUGGAUGUUUCACAGCCAGGCAGUUUAUGAUAUUAACAGACUAGACUCUACCGGUGUAAACUUCCUACUUUGGGGCAACUUGCCAGAGAUAGAGGAGAAUACAGAUGAAGACACAUUAGAUAUCUCAGCAGAGGAGUGUAUUCGAUGAAUGGGAGGGAUAAUGAUAUGUAUAAUAUUCAGACUCUUUCCUAUGUAAAAUACAUAUUAAUGGAUUGACUUUAAAAGUAUUAGGAAGGAUUUACUACUGAUUUCUCUUUUUUGGAGGGGAGGAAUGGGACAUUUGUUGAUUUAUUUAUUUGCUGUCUCAGACUCAUUACCUGAAUUUAAUUUGAGCCAUUGUAGUUCUUUUCUUCUACUGAUUCCUCUUCCUCUCUCCACCCCUCCACCCAGUAAAGGUGCAUUCUUAAAUUCAGGUUGGAGAAGAUUAUUUCAUGUGUCACUCAACUACCUCAAAAUCUUGGGGAAGUUUUCUUACAGUGAGAUACCAGAUACUCUUAAUUUUAUACUCUUGAAUAAAGGGCAUUUGUACAUAUACAUGUGUGUAUGUCAACCAAGCAUAU